CCUUUGACUGGCUAAUUACAACAUUUGCACAGCAUAAUGGAGAAGAACAUCCGCCUGGAAACUCAGAAGGAAUUUGAAAAGAUCACUGGCUGGCAGCUUUGGGUCUUGAGACUCAUGGGUUGCGGUGCAUACGAACCAAACUUUCGAAUUUCUUUCGCAACGCUUGUGAUACUCUUCUUGGCCGGUGCUUUUGUCGUGAUAACUAUUUUUGAUUUGUUCUUGUUUCAAAAUGAUGUGUUUAAUUUCACGUUUGCCCUGGUCACACUGUCUUACGCUGUUAUCGGAUGUACCCGGCUUGGGUUCAUCAUAUUUCAUCCUAACCCAUACAGUGCGGCAUUUCAAGAAGCUAAGCAGACUUAUUUGCUAGCCUCAUCGGACGAACGGGAUCAGCAGGUGCUCCAACAUUACACCAAGCUACUGAAGCAGUGCAUUUCCAUGUACAGCAUCGCGUUUUUGGGUGGAAGCGUUGGAACAGCAUUCUUACCACUGAUUGUGUAUCUCUGGAAUGGGGAAAAGAUUCUACCCUUUGGAGUUGUGAUACCGUUUACUGAUUUGGAAACAUCUUUGGGCUACCAGCUGAACUACAUGUACCAAGUAAGCUGCAUUUUGUGGACGCCACCAGGAUUAACGGCCUCGCAGAACAUCUACAUCACAUUGGUGUUUAACAUUUGCAUACAGUACGACCUCAUUUUCAUAAAACUUGAUGAGUUAGAUCAGUUGGCGGUUCGUAACAUCGAUGGUACGCUGGACAAGGAGGUUGAACAAAAAUUCAUCGAAAUUAUCAAAUAUCAGCAGCGAUUGAACCAAUUUGUAGCGGAAGUUGAAAACCGAUUCACGGUUCAGAUAUUUGUGGAAAUUAGUUGCAAUGCGCUUCAAAUUGUUGUUACAUUAUUUGUUAUGGAAAUUGAUACCUGGAUUCCAGGAUAUCUGGUUAUAACUGUAGCAACAUUUCAAUCAUUUUUGUACUGCAUCCUGGGAACCUUAAUCGACAUGAAAACUGAACUUUUCACGGAGAAAAUUUACAACGUUGCUUGGCAUAGAAUGCGUACAUCAGAGCAGAACAACAUCAAGUACAUGCUAUCGAAAUCGCAACAAUCUGUUUUGCUAACAAACGGAGGCAUGUUGCCGAUGAACAUGAACCUGUUUUUGGCGGUGUACAAAAAAUCUAUUCCAUCUUCAUGAUGCUCAAGAAUGUGUAAAAUGAAAUUAAAGGACCACAUAAAUCAAGAAUCAUUCGGUUCCGGAAAAAAUAAUUUUGAAUAAAUAAUUCUAAAACAAG